AUGACAUUAGAAAAUAAACCGAUUGAAAUAGAUCUUUUAAUAAUUGCUGAUAAUCCAGGCGUAAGAGAAGAAUUGCAAGCCUUUGAGGAGAAAAGUCUAUUCCAAAACCCCAUACUUGGUCCGGCUAUUACUAGCGAAAGAAAAAAUGUAGUGCUAGUAAAAUUUCGUGAAGGAGAUAAAGCGAUUAAAAAUACUAUUCGCCAGUUGCAAGGAAUUAAUAUUACGGAAGCAAUUUUUGCCGAAAAGAAUUUUGCUCGCCACUACCAAGGUCAGGAAGUUUGGUUAGUAGAAAAAGCUAAG